AUGGCGGUCAUUGGUGACCUCUGUGGGCCAUUUGAUGUGGUGUUGGGAACGAAAGCCAGAUGGCAGUGGGUUGAGAAGAGAGUGGGAGUCUCCUUCGCUGUUUCCCCCUCAUCUCCCCGACCUCUGUAUGUCGAGGUGCUGGACCUCUUCUCCACCUACACGCACCCCUUGGAGGACCUGGCUGGGGCCAGGCUCCUGGUGGGGACGGCCCCCGGUCCUCGAGGGUUCCGCCAGGCCCCACCCAGCGCCCCUCUGCGCGGGGCCAUGGCGCACACCAGCCUCGGGAGCUGCGGAGGCGCUGCCUGGUGGGCGGCGGGCACCCCCGCGCCGUCGGGGGCUCGGCAGGACGCGCCCGGCGCGGGCCGCGUGAAGCGCGGCUGGGUGUGGAACCAGUUCUUCGUGGUGGAGGAGUACACGGGCACCGAGCCCCUGUACGUGGGCAAGAUCCACUCGGACUCAGACGAGGGUGACGGGGCCAUCAAGUACACCAUCUCAGGCGAGGGCGCUGGGACCAUCUUCCUGAUUGACGAGCUGACGGGCGACAUCCACGCCAUGGAGCGCCUGGACCGCGAGCAGAAAACCUUCUACACGCUGCGGGCACAGGCUCGGGACCGCGCCACCAACCGCCUGCUGGAACCCGAGUCAGAAUUCAUCAUCAAGGUGCAGGACAUCAACGACAGCGAGCCUCGCUUCCUCCACGGCCCCUACAUUGGCAGCGUGGCCGAGCUCUCACCCACAGGCACAUCGGUGAUGCAAGUGAUGGCCUCGGAUGCGGAUGACCCCACGUACGGCAGUAGCGCUCGGCUGGUGUACAGCGUGCUGGACGGAGAGCACCACUUCACUGUGGACCCCAAGACCGGCGUGAUCCGGACGGCCGUGCCUGACCUCGACCGCGAGAGCCAGGAGCGCUACGAGGUGGUGAUCCAGGCCACAGACAUGGCGGGCCAGCUGGGCGGCCUCUCCGGCUCCACCACCGUCACCAUCGUGGUCACCGACGUCAACGACAACCCGCCCCGUUUCCCACAGAAGAUGUACCAGUUCAGCAUUCAGGAGUCGGCCCCCAUCGGCACGGCCGUGGGACGAGUGAAGGCCGAGGACUCGGACGUGGGCGAGAACACGGACAUGACUUACCACCUCAAAGAGGAGAGCGGCAGCGGCGGCCACAUGUUCAAGGUCACCACGGACGGCGACACUCAGGAGGCCAUCAUCGUAGUGCAGAAGCGCCUGGACUUCGAGUCCCAGCCCGUGCACACCGUGGUCCUGGAGGCGCUCAACAAGUUCGUGGACCCCCGCUUCGCCGACCUGGGCACGUUCCGCGACCAGGCGAUCGUGCGCGUGGCCGUGACCGACGUGGACGAGCCCCCCGAGUUCCGGCCGCCCUCCGGCCUCCUGGAGGUGCAGGAGGACGCGCAGGUGGGCUCCCUGGUCGGCGUGGUGACGGCGCGGGACCCCGACGCCGCCAACCGGCCCGUCCGGUACGCCAUUGACCGAAACUCAGAUUUGGACCAGAUCUUUGAUAUCGAUGCGGACACGGGCGCCAUCGUGACGGGCAAGGGGCUGGACCGCGAGACGGCGGGCUGGCACAACAUCACGGUGCUGGCCAUGGAGGCAGACAAUCAUGCCCAGCUAUCCCGGGCAUCCCUAAGGAUCCGAAUCCUGGAUGUGAAUGACAAUCCCCCAGAGCUGGCCACACCCUACGAGGCAGCCGUAUGUGAGGAUGCCAAGCCAGGCCAGCUCAUCCAGACCAUCAGCGUGGUGGACAGAGACGAGCCCCAGGGUGGGCACCGCUUCUAUUUCCGCCUGGUACCUGAAGCUCCCAGCAACCCUCAUUUCUCUCUGCUCGACAUCCAAGACAACACGGCCGCCGUGCACACGCAGCACAUGGGCUUCAACCGGCAGGAGCAGGACGUGUUCUUCCUGCCCAUCCUGGUGGUGGACCGCGGGCCGCCCACGCUGAGCAGCACGGGCACGCUCACCAUCCGCGUCUGUGGCUGCGACAGCUCCGGCGCCAUCCAGUCCUGCAACACCACGGCCUUCGUCAUGGCUGCCUCCCUCAGCCCCGGCGCCCUCAUCGCCCUCUUGGUCUGCGUCCUCAUCCUGAUUGUGCUCGUGCUGCUGAUCCUCACCCUCAGGCGCCACCACAAGAGCCACCUGAGCUCGGACGACGACGAGGACAUGCGGGACAACGUCAUCAAAUACAACGACGAGGGCGGCGGCGAGCAGGACACCGAGGCCUACGACAUGUCGGCGCUGCGGAGCCUCUACGACUUCGGCGAGCUCAAGGGCGGCGACGCGGGCGGCGUUGGGGGCCCGGGCGGGGGCGCGGGCAGCCCCCCGCAGGCCCACCUGCCCUCGGAGCGCCACUCGCUGCCGCAGGGGCCGCCGGGCCCCGAGCCGGACUUCUCGGUGUUCAGGGACUUCAUCAGCCGCAAGGUGGCGCUGGCGGACGGGGACCUGUCGGUGCCGCCCUACGACGCCUUCCAGACCUACGCCUUCGAGGGCGCGGACUCGCCGGCCGCCUCGCUCAGCUCGCUGCACAGCGGCUCGUCGGGCUCCGAGCAGGACUUCGCCUAUCUCAGCAGCUGGGGCCCGCGCUUCCGGCCCCUGGCCGCGCUCUACGCCGGCCACCGCGCGGACGACGAGGCCCAGGCCUCCUAGCCCCCCGCCCUGCCGUCGGGGGCGGCCGCUUAGCCACCCAGGCCCCCCGGGCCCGAGGACAAAGCAUUAUCCCUGCUCACCCCCUUCCCCAACACUCCCACCCUCCCAGGGCGGCCGGACAGGAGGUGGGGCUUGUUGGGGGCGGACCCCCGAUGCUCCCUCCCCCGGGGGAGGGGUGCAGCUUUCGCCCAGAGGUGCGGGAAUCAUGACCGACGUCAUUAAAACUGCAGUGAGACCGGGCGCUGCGUGGCUCUGGGGUUAGAGAGGGAGAUAUGGUGGCGUUGCUUCGUGGAGAAGGGCCGGGUUACUCACCGCUGGCCUGGGGGAGGACCCUGGAGGACCGCUGCCGGGGUGGCCCCCAGGUUUCCCCCAUCAGAGUUAAGAGGAAAGAAAGGCUGUUCAUUUACUGAGCGCCUACUGUGUGCUGGGACACUGCGGAGAGACCAUCUUAGUCGUCACAGAAACUGUGAGGUGGGGCCCUGCAGGUAACAGAUGGAGAAAGCCAUACAAGUGGCUGUGACCUGUCCAAGGACACCUAGCCAGUGAACCGUGGCGCCUGUGGCACCUACUAGUUGCCUGGCCUCGGACAAGUUACCUCGUUUCUCCUGGCCUCGGUUUCCUCGUGUCAGAUGAGGCUGAUAACGGACCCUACCUCCAGGAGGUGUGAGGUUAGAAAGGGUUCAGAGGUGUCAAGUGAUUAGGACAGUGCCUGGCACACAGUAAGUGUUCAAUAAAUGUUAGCUUUUGAUGCU